UUGAUAGAGUAUGUGGGAGUGUACAUUGGUAUAUAUAGACCAUCCAUCGCCAUCCCAACCCAACCAGAGUCUUCAGUCUUGGCAUAGCUGACUUUAAGAAGCACUUCACGAAGAGAUCUCACCACAGCGAAAACAUCUUGACUUCAUAUUGUGUUGUCAAUGUCGAUGAUGGCAACAAUGAAGUGGACAACUCCUGUGUUGCUGUUGUCCCUUGCACUGUUCAUCAACAAUGGAGGGUGUCAAGGAAUGUCACCAAGGUGCAAGAACCUGCUCGACGUUGUUGCCGUUGUUGACGGGUCCGACAGUAUCAUUGAUGGCGAUUUUCUCAAACUAAAGGAUGUCCUAAUAAAAAUAUCAGAAACUCUCGGUCUGAAAAGUACCGGACCGAUGUUUGGGGUUGUUGUGUAUAGCUCGACUGUUUCUGCAACUGCCCCACUUACCAGUAAUCAAAAAACGCUGAAGUCACAAAUCCUUAGGUUUGUCCACCCAAAGGACGGGACAGCCACCCACCUUGGUAUUCAGAGUAUGACUUCGAUGAUGCGAACACAGGGCCGGGAUGAUGUUCCUCAAGUCGGCAUCGUCAUAACCGACGGGCGAUCUAAGAAGCCUGCAGAAACCCAAACAGCUGCAGCGGCUGCCAGAAACGCAGGUAUCAAAAUGUUUGCUGUCGGGGUCGGACAUUCCAUCAACCAAACAGAACUUCAAGGCAUCGCCUCUGUGCCGGAAAAUGUCUUGGAGCUGAAGAAUUUUGAUGAACUUCUAAACAGCGUUUUAUCCCUUGUUCAGAAAGUCUGCAAAGUUGACGGUAAUUGGUCUGAGUGGAAUGUUACAACCGGGAGUUGUUCCGUUUCUUGUGGAGGGGGAUCAAGAACCAUCACUAGGACCAGGACCUGCACCAACCCACCUCCCAGUAACGGUGGACUGGAUUGUCAAGGCUCGAACACAGAGACGGUUUCAGAGGCAUGCAACGAUGGUGGAUGUCCAGUGAACGGAAACUGGAGUGAAUGGGUGGAAACUUCAACUGCGUGUUCCGUAUCUUGUGGAGGGGGAUCAAGAACCAUCACUAGGACCAGGACCUGCACCAACCCACCUCCCAGUAACGGUGGACUGGAUUGUCAAGGCUCGAACACAGAGACGGUUUCAGAGGCAUGCAACGAUGGUGGAUGUCCAGUGAACGGAAACUGGAGUGAAUGGGUGGAAACUUCAACCCCGUGUUCCGUAUCUUGUGGAGGGGGAUCAAGAACCAUCACUAGGACCAGGACCUGCACCAACCCACCUCCCAGUAACGGUGGACUGGAUUGUCAAGGCUCGAACACAGAGACGGUUUCAGAGGCAUGCAACGAUGGUGGAUGUCCAGUUCCAGGUGACCUGUGUGAUGGCUGUGUUUAUGAUAACGGUAUCGGGUACAUGCCUUACCCCUUGGACUGUUCGAAAUACGUACAGUGUUUGAAGAACACUUAUUACAUCAUGCCUUGUGCCCCUGGAACGCUCUGGGAUCAGAACCUCCUCAGCUGUCAACUUGCAAGUUCUGUUUCAUGCAGUUUCUCAUUUCCAGCGCCUACAACAGUUGGUUCCAUGUGUCGUUGUGACACCGUGGAUGUUUCCGUUCCUGAGACUACAACAACAACAGCAGCAGCAGCAACUACUUCCAAGUGUAGGGAGGUCGCCGGAAACAAGGCUCGUUACGACGAGUUCGUGAGUGGUCACGGUUGGGUGAACAGACCCUGUCCUCCGGGAACCGAGUUCCGUCUUCCGUGUGAUUGUGUACUGGCCAAAGUCACUGUAGCACCUGUGCAGUUUGUGACAAUCACUAGUAUAUUAUGGUAUUGCAUUACAGCUAAUCCGGUGUGCCAACCGGAAGUGUACCUCCCUUGCGACAAUGACCUCGAAGACCACUCCGGAAACCACAUCCACAUACAGAAUGAGGGCGUCAACAUCACCGACGGCGUUGCCGUCUUCACUCGCGACUCCGGCCUCCGAAUUCUGCGUUUCUCCAACGUUGACUUCGGCAGCACCCUUGUAAUAUCCUUCUUACUUCGGAGGGGUGGAGAGAGCAAAAGAGCACAGGCUAUCGUCAGCAACGCAGACUGUGGUCGACAGGGGAGCAUCUACAUCACACAGACAUCGUCGACGGUUCAGUUCACUGUAUUGACCAAAAAUACCCAAAACUGUAACAUCACGCUGCCAUACCAAUUUGUCGCGGGUCCCAGGGGCCGGUCAAUGACUGCCUGCAGUCUGACCGUUGACGGGGGUUACAUGACAGCCACAGUUGGUGCCAAGACGAGAACCAUUUCCUGUCCAGGUGACAUUGCCAGGAGUCAUUGCGCCAUGCAGGUGGGACGGGGGACAGGCUAUGACGACUUUACAGGUGAACUAGACGAGUUCACCGUGUCCAUGUGCCGCCCUGAUGUGCUGACCUAGUUGCGACACUUCGACGACACUUCAACAUCUCGACACUUCAACAUUUCGAACCCAAAGCGCUUUCAACACAAGCUUGCCAGAAAUAGCCUUUAUUACAAGCAUUUUUAUAUAAGUGAAAAUAAAUUAUGAAACAUGAGUGUGUGUGAAACUCCAGGAACCUUUUGUAUUGAGGUUCUACCAUUUACUCGGAUGUGACGAUAUAGUUUACCGUAUAGAUAUAUAAGAUGCUGAUUAUGAUGUAUUUGAUCAAUAAAAUGCUAUGCUACUAA